UCAACUGGCUCUCACCGCGGCCUCCAUUUUGCAGCAGUGUUGCUAACCAGCUGCUUCCACUCGCGGUGCAGCGUUAGUAAAUAAAGUGCAUUCAAGGGUUGUUUUCAAUCUGAAGAAGUACUUUCAUGGAUAAAACUAUGGCUGACCCAUCAGCAGACGUGGAGGUUGUGGAGGGCGCCGAGAUCCGCAAACUGUCGGAGCUGAGAGUUAUCGAUCUGAAGGCCGAGCUGAAGAAACGAAACCUGGACACCACGGGCGUGAAGAGCGUGCUGUCGGAGCGGCUGAAAAAGGCAAUCGAAGAAGAGGGUGGAAAUCCUGAUGAGAUUGUGGUCGCUCCGGAAUUAGCCCCAAAGAAAUCAACACCUAAACGGACAAGCAAAGAUACGAGGCAAGAGAAUGAUGAACCAGAGGACAGCACUAUCGAGGACGAAUUCCUUGAUGGCCAUGAAGAGCUUCAGGAUGAUCAUGAGAACAUGCAGGAAAUGGACAUUCUCGACAUGAACGUUCUGGAUGAGACGGAGAAUGACAACGGGAUACCAGCCGAAGACGACCCCGACAAUUUUCACGAAGACGCAGUGAUGAAUGAAGAGAAUGAUGACAGGGCCCUCGAGUCAGAAGAUGAAGUAAGAGGUCCAGAGAUGGAUGAGUCCGAGAUGUUAGAUAAUCAUGAAUAUACGGCGUCCUCAUCAAUCGAUAUGGCUCAGGAUCCAGAUGCAGACGACUUGAAAGAAGAAACAGAAAAUGACAAAGUAGCCGGGUCUUGUUUAUCUGAGCCGCUUAACGAAGAUCACCACCAGAGCCACGAGACGAGCCCUGAAGAAGAGCAAGCUGCCACCGCCGGAGGGGAAGAAAAUGUGUCCGACAUCAGUGCCAAGUCCGACAAGGCCGCUGGAGAUGUGGAGAGCGACAGGGAUGUUGUGGAGACUGAUUCCAAUGAGGUUGGGGACACGCAGAAUGUCCCAGAAGAGACAUUUGACGCUGAAAACAAAAGCUCGCAGGCUGUUAGUGUAAGCGAACAGGGUGCUGUGGGUGAAACUGUUGAUUCAGAAAUGGGGUCUAAGAAGGGGGAGGAGGAUGAGAAGACAGAAGAGGAAGCUGCUGCGGAUUCAGCCUCGACAGUGAAAGAGUCCUCUUCUGUAGAGGGCGAUGAUCAGACAAAGAGCUCUGAGGAAAAAGAUGGCAAGACAGAGUCAAAAGAUGACAAGGCUGCUGGAAGUGUUGCUGCAGCAAGCAGUAGCAAGAAUCUGUGGGUCAGUGGUCUCUCUUCCACUACCAGAGCAACUGAUCUGAAGACUCUCUUCAGCAAAUAUGGCAAGGUUGUUGGAGCUAAGGUGGUGACCAACGCCAAGAGCCCUGGGGCUCGCUGCUACGGUUUUGUCACCAUGUCUUCCACAGAGGAAGCCACCAAGUGUAUCAGCCACCUUCACAGGACGGAGCUGCACGGCAGGAUGAUCUCUGUGGAGCGGGCUAAAAAUGAGCCUGCAGGGAAGAAGCCAGCAGACAAGAAUGAUGCCAAGAAGUCUGGCAGUGACAGGAGACACUCCACUGACUCCAAAUCUGAUGGAAAGGAUGAGAAGUCCGAGGGAGAAGGAAAAGAUGGCAAAGGGCGAAACGAGAGGACUGUAGUUAUGGACAAGUCCAAAGGAGAACCUGUCAUCAGCGUCAAAACCAAAAGCAAGGAACGAAGCACAAAGAGUCGGGACCGCAAAUCAUCCAGUAAAGAGAAGAAAGACAUCCUGUCAUUUGACCAGAUAAAGGAGCAGAGAGAGAGGGAAAGGCAGAGACAACGAGAGAGGGAGAUCAGAGAGGUGGAAAGACGCAGAUGCACUGACCGGGACCGUGAUCGUGACAACCGUCCGGACCGUGAGCGUGAGCGAAUCCGUCUGUUCCGGGAGAGAGAAGAGAGGAGACACUUGGUCCGGAAGAGACAAUGGCUGGAGUUUCGUGUUGAUAAUCUUACUGAAACCCAUGAACGGUUCGACUCCCAGGCUGAGAAGCAGCGACUCGAAGCCGACCGUAUGGAGCGUCAGUUUUUGGAGCGUGAAAGGUUACGCAUAGAGUACGAGAGGCGACGUGAGCAGGAAAGAAUCCUCAGGGAGCGCGAGGAGCUGCGACGGCAGCAGGAGCAGUUGCGUUAUGAACAGGAGCGACGCCCUGUUAAGAGGCCUUACGACAUGGAUGGCAGGAAAGAUGACUGGCCUGAUAAGCGCAUGGCCAUGGAUGACCGUUAUGGCCGUUCAGACUUUACUCGACAGGAGCGUUAUCAGGACUUCGACCACAGGGAUCGGGGUCGUUUCCAAGACGACAUGAUGGUCGACAGACGGGACAACGCUCGUGGCAUCGGUGCAGACAGAGAUGGUCAGCACUUCUCAGACAGGUCAGAUAGGCAUAGCAGAGAUGGCAGGGACUCCUGGAGUGGACGCAUUAACCCCAGGGAAGGAAGUCGAGACUGGGACUCCAGCCGGAAGAUUGAUGGAGACAGAACAUGGCAAAGUAGAGACGGUGCCAUCCCAGGCCAGAGCCACAUGGCACGUGGAGGAAUGGCAGGCAACCGUGGAGGUUACAUGAACACAGGAACAUCUCAGUCCCUUUCUGGAGCUCUCAACAGACAGAACCAGCUGAUGCAGGGCAGCGGGCUGCAGGGUGGAGCUUUUGGUCGACGUUACUGACGUCGGUCAGUCUGAAGACAGUACUGGGGCUGUUUCAGGAGGUCAUAUCGUGAAGGGUGUGACCGUCUUGGUUUUGUACAUGUUUUUAAACCAGGAAUUCUUUUUUGACACAAUUCCAAUCCAUUUUUGAUGGAGACCUUUAUUUUUCUGGUCGCUUCCUAAUUCUUUUUUUGUGUGUGUGAUGUAGUGUUCUCCUGCCUUUUACUACCAUCUGCAUCAUUCAGUCCAACCCACCUUGUCUGUAUAACACGACUGUCUGCUCACAAGAAUAUGUUUUAUAUGCGGGUUGGCCUGUGGUGCAGAGUCAUGCAACGUCAGAGCUCUCUGUUGUAAAUUCAGGUUUAUAGACAUCUGGACUGAUGGACCUAACCUCACUAGUCUUUUCUCUGUAUUCCAGUUUGUGUCUGAAGCAUGUUUCCAUUCUCAUCAAAUGAGCCAUUGUUGCAAUUAAUUUGUUCAGAGCUUGAGGCUCCUGUUUUGACGUUAUUCUGUUAUGACACAGAGGAUUGGUGAUGUUGAGCUGCUGGAAAAAAAAAAAGGUUUUUAAACUACAUGUCACAUUCUGGUUAUCCAUACUUGUUAGACUUUUUUUUAAAACAUUUCAAUCAGUGCAUUUUUGUAAAUAGUAUUUGGUUUGUGUGAUUGUUGGAUAAUGUAAUAAAAGCCCCUGGAGCGUGUAUGUGUUCAAUCUAUUGAUUGAUAAAAGCCUCAGAUUCAACGUACGGUGUUUCAGUUUUCUGGAACUCAAAUGUGUUUUUAGUUUUUUGUGUUACAUUUUGUUCUCUUGUCUUUCCAUUGACAGUGUUGUUUAGUUGCCACGCUCAGUUCAGUGGCAGGAAAUAUCAGCUUCUGGUGUUUUGUGAAGCUCAGUUGUAAAAUUCACAGGGUAAAUUGUCUCCAACAAUAAAAGUUUUUUUUUCA